AUGAAUAAAGUUGUAUUUAAAUCACCCUCUCUAAAAAGCUCAUUCAGAAUGUUCAGAGUUAGAUCUUAAGGAGAUCCAGAAGAAACAAAAAAUGAAAUCAUGGAGUUAAUGAAUAAUUAUUUAGUUUAAAAUGAUGGAAAAUUGAUAAACAUGUCAGUGCUUAAAAACAAAGAAAUCCUCUGCUAUUUUGUAGUAGGCGAUGAGUGUAGAGAUCAAGAAAAUUGGGAAUAAACAAUAAAAAGAGAUAUUUUGAGCAAAUAUGAAGUAAUUAGUUCAGUCAUGGAGCUAAGUCCAGCUAAUAAUAUUGCUAAUAAAUAAUGA